CAAUUUGAGCUAGUUAAUACAAUUUGAUCCUUUCAUUUCCAACAUGGUAUCAAAGCGGUUGGUUUAGCUCCACCCAAUCGGCUCAUUAUCUUCAAUUUCUCUCUUGCUUUCAUGGCGGAAACUCUGCACAUUCAUCAUUCUCUGAUUUCUCUCAAUCAAUCACGCGAAGCUUCUCUUUCUCUCUCUAGAAGAACCGCCAUGGCCGCCGGUGCUCUGCAACUGCAGAUUCUCCUCGUCUUACUCAUUCUCAUCUUGCUGUUCAUAUCCGGAGCUACGACGGACUCCGUUUCCCGUUCAGAUUCAUCGUUAUCUCCGGCGUUCGCACCGUCGCCGGAGCAGUACUCGUACGACGCUCAACUUUAUGCGCCUCCAGUCUUCGCGAACAUUCUGCAUGCUCUAGGUUUCGAGGAACUGUCCUCUACCACCGCUAGCGCUAAUCUCUCAACCGGCGCUCCGAUCACCAUCUUCGCCCUGCCCGAUUCAUCGAUUCUCACAUGCCGCUCGUGCGUUCUGCGGCUGCUUCUACACGAGCACUCUGUUCCUGGACUCUAUCCGCUCGAAUUCCUUCGGAGAAUCGAAUUGGCCAUCCGGUUCGCGGAGGAGCCGCCGGCGUCAGUCCCGGUGGGGCUCUGCACCGACGCAGGGGAUGUCGGUAUGGUGCUGUUAUUCCCGUUCCCACUGGUUGGAGCGGCGGCCGGCGAAGCAGCCGGAGCCGCGCCCUUUCCGGUGCUCAACUCCAAUGUAAGUUUAGAACUUUGGGCCGAAUCAGGGGAAUGCAUCAGCGGCAUCUGGGACUGGGAUUCAACCGGGCCCGCCUGCCAGAGAAGGUUCAAUUUCCGGGUCAUGCUCUUCGGCAGAUCUUUAAUCGCGGCGGAGAUCGUGAUUACGCCGCCGGAGUCGCUGGCGGUGAGGUUCGCGACGGGCCAAGGCAUGCUCUGCUGGGUUAUGGUUCUUUUGGAAUUGAAGGUGAGAUUGUAUGGUUUUGCGGUGGUAUUCCCGGACGGAUCUUUGUGGGCGAGUAAGGCAAACGCGCCGGCCAUGCCGUUGCCGGAGGGGUUGACGCCCAAGGCGACCCACCCGCCGUCGCUUACUGGCUUUGCAGCGAAGAAGAAGGAGAACGAGGAGUUGGCGGCGGUGUAGUGGAGGGUUGCAUUGAGGGCUGGGAGCUCCGUGCAGCGGGCGUAGCGGCUCGCCGGCUUUGGGGAGGUGCAGCUCUGCGAGAGUGCCGGUGAGAUUAACAGAGAUCCGGCGAGUAGAAGGAGGAGGGCGGCGAGGAAAAGAGAGGAGGGGGACAUUGUUAAAUGCGACGGAGAUUGGCCGGCCGGCGGAGGGGGAGGUGGGCUAUUAUCACUGAUGGAGAGGGAGAUUUUAUAGGGAAGACGGACGGUUGAGAUUUUGGAAGGUGGGGCUUGUGUGGGACCCGUGGUGUAGAAGUUGUCUGGGA